AUGGCAUACGCGGAAGAGCCCAGAGAAAACAUUCUGGAAUCUUCGACCUUCCUCUACAGCAAAAGCUCUCUCCGAGUUUUCGGACUGUGGCCUUAUCAGGAGCCAAAACAGAGGCUCAUUUGUCGGACUUCUACAGCAGUGCUGAUCGGAUCUUUACUGAUUCCCACCAUUUGCAUUGUGCUCGAACAGUGGCGCAACUUCGAUUACGUCGUUUUGGGUCUGCCUUCUUUUCUCUACUACGUGGAAUUCGUCACCAAGUACAUGUACUUGGCUGCCAAUCAAAAAAAGUUGGAGCAAAUUUUCGGCCACAUCAAGAACGACUUCGAUACACGAAAGGACAGAAAGUUGGAGAUUCUGAAGGAUUACGCGACGGAGACUAGGCUUUUCAACCACAUUUAUGCCGCAUAUUUGAUCAUAGUGGUCGUGAUGUUCAACCUUUCGUUCUACCAGCCUCAUUUUCUGGACCUCAUCAUGCCGCUGAACGAGUCACGUCCGAGGCCGAUACCACGAUUGGCCAGGUACUACGUAACCUCGCUGGACGAGAGUUUCAACUUUGUGGUCCUUCACGGUUUGGUCAUAGACUGGUACAGCAUGAUAUUCUUCCUCGGACAUGAUACCCUCUUGGUCAACUGCGCUCAGCACGCCUGCGCGCUUUUCAAAAUCGUCAUAAACGAUAUUCAAGAUUGUCUGGUGGUCCAGAAAAAUGACAAAGCUGAUGAUGAAGAUCAGUUCUACCGAAGAAUCUCAAACACUAUCGAUCUGCACAAAUGGGCUUUGGAAUACACAGCAAUGGUGGAUAAGAUGUAUAUGUACGUCAAUUUAUGCAUCAUCGGCGUCUCUUUGCUGGCUAUAACGCUGUCGCAGUAUCAAACUGCCAUACAUCUGGAUAACACCGACUUGGUGAUAAGGUAUUCAUUCUUCUCGAUUGGUGAAUUGGUUCACAUCCUGUACUUCAACUGGCCCGGUCAGAGGAUCCGAGAUCACAGCUUAUCAAUCUAUCAAGCAUGUUACAACUGCGAAUGGUAUCGAGAUGACAUUUCCUAUAGGUGCAAGAAACUACUGAAACUGAUGAUGGCCAGGAGCCAAUUGCCUUCGAAUUUGAGCGCUGGUAAGCUGUACGUUCUUGGCUACGAGAACUUUGCUCAGGUGUUGAAGGCUUCGCUGUCUUUCUUUACAGUGCUGUUAUCGGUAAAUUGA